CAUGCUGUCAGUGUGUCGCAGCUGUCAUCAAACAGGCCAAACAGUUUGUUUAUGUUAUGAUCGGCCACUCUACUCGGGGCAGCAGCAGCAGCAAGCUUGCUUUCGCGGCAUACGUUCGUGUGUACUGGGAAGGAAAAUCCCCACUGGAAAAUUUGUACAAAAAAAAGUGAAUCGCACAGUGCAGCAUGUCGAAACGCAAAGCGAGCUACGUGGUGGAGGAGGAUAACUAUCUGGACGAUUUGGUGCGCGACAAGCAGAACAAUCAACCCUCCACCAGCAAGCACACGCUCGAUUCCGACGAAGAAGACGACAGCGGUGAUGAUGCACCAUACAACGUGCUGGACGAUAAUGAGAUCCAGGGUGAGGAGGAUGGGAUGGCCCGCAUCGAUGGCGAGACCAAGUUCACGCCGUUCAACAUGAAGGAGGAGAUGGAGGAGGGCCACUUCGAUGCAGACGGGCACUAUCUGUGGAAGAAGCAGGUCGAGGUGAAGGACCACUGGCUGGACAACAUCGACUGGGUAAAGCUGAAGAACGACCCGAACUACAAGGAGCGCCCGGACAAGGGCGAAGAGCAGCGCGGGCUGGCCGAUAGCGAUUCGGACGGUGAGGAUGGUGAGGCGGCGGCGGCGGCCGGUGGAAAGUUCGAUGACAUUGCCACGUACCAGCAGAUGCUGGAGCUGAUGGAGCCGCGGGAAACGGUCAAACGGGCGCUGCAGCGGUUGGGCAAGGGUACGGCCAAGCUGACGACGGCCCAGCGCUGGAAGCUGAAGAAGGCGGGCCAGUCGCCGGACGAGUCGAGCGCCAAGAUCACAAAGCUGACCGAACUGUCGAACGACAUACUGACCAACAACGGCAACAUGGAUGUGUACGAGGAAACGUUCGAGAUGAUCAAGCGGAAGGUGACGGAGGCGGAAAAGCGAAAGGCAGCUGCGGCAGCCGGCCCCGGGGAGGAGCUGGACAUGUACGCGGAUGAUUUCGGCAGUCGCGAACAGAGCAAGCUCGGUGCGGGCGGUGAUGGAAAGGAGGAGAUCGCCCAAGGGUCGAACAGUUCCACCGAGAAGAAGGGGGAAGAGGAGGAGGAGGAGGAAAAGGACAAACCGUUGAUGUGGGAGUACAAGGAGCAACAGGAGGCGGAAACGAUACACGGCCCGUACACCACGGAGCAGAUGCAAAAGUUUGCCGAGGAGGGCCGGUUCACCGGUGGAGCGUUCGUGCGGAAGGUUGAGGAUGAGGAUGGGCGGUUCUACUCGGCCGCGCGGAUCGAUUUCGAGCUGUACCUGUAGGACGGUGGUAGGGGGGGGGGGGUUAGGGUACGUACAAAGCCACAAAACUACGCUUAAGCGCUUCUAACAUCUUCUUAAUAAAGUCACACACUCACACACA